UUAACCGAAAACGAGGGCAUUAGCCAUCAGGCUGAAAGGCGCGUCGGGAGAGAGGAGGCCAAAAGCUCUGUGGCGAUUAGUCGGACAUGGCCUGUCCUGCCAUGGAGAGUGCGGCUGCAACCGCACUCCGCUCGGUGCUUUCCAGAGGGCACAUGGCGGCAGAGAGAUCUGGCCGAUCAAGGGAGCAGGUGAGGAUCGUGGCUGUGAGCAAGACGAAGUCUGUUUCUGUCAUCCACCAGGCCUACGAAGCCGGUCAUCGUGUCUUCGGCGAAAAUUAUGUCCAGGAGCUCGUCGAGAAGGCCCCCCAACUUCCUGCCGAUAUCGAAUGGCAUUUCAUUGGAAACCUGCAAAGCAACAAAGUCAAGGCCCUUCUAGGUGGUGUUCCAAAUCUUGACAUGGUUGAGACCGUAGAUGAUGAGAAGAUUGCUAAUCAUCUUGAUCGAGCUGUUGCCAACUUGGGAAGAAAGCCUCUCAAGGUUUUGGUCCAAGUGAAUACUAGCGGGGAGGAGUCAAAAUAUGGUGUAGAACCCUCGGGAUGUGUCGAGCUAGCUAAGCAUGUCAAACUGCGCUGUCCUAGCCUCAUAUUCUCAGGCCUGAUGACAAUAGGAAUGCUAGACUAUUCCUCAACUCCAGAAAAUUUUAAGACAUUGCGUAAUUGUAGAACUGAGGUGUGUGAAGCUCUUGGUAUACCGGAGGAGCAGUGCGAGCUUUCUAUGGGCAUGUCUGCAGACUUUGAACAAGCGAUUGAAAUGGGAAGCACAAAUGUUAGAAUAGGAUCAACCAUCUUUGGACCAAGGGAGUACCCAAAGAAGGACAAAGUAAGCGAGCCAAAAAGCUCAAGUUCAUGAAUUGUUGGAUUGGAUUUUUAAUGGGACUAACAAAUCAUGACGUCUAUGUUGCUUCUAAUGUCUGUUUAGCCAUUCAUAAAACAUGAGCUCUUAUUGUAAUUUUAAUGCAAUGGGGAAGGAUUUCAUGAAA